GCUGCCACCGGAUUGCUUGCGAAUUCACACAUCCGUGCUUCGAGUCCUGCCGGGAGUGUGGAUGAGGCCUGGGUCUUGACAAACUUGCCGUUGUUCGAAAAUGGAGAAGUAUGCCUUCCUGGAAUGACUUCAAGUCCCUGGACUAUGACUACCGUCUGGGCCAAUGCCGCAGGGGAUGGCGCCGAGGAGAUGGGGCGUGGCUGA